CGGGGACAGGAUCGGUAACGGGAUCGGGAAUAGGACCGGGAAUAGGAGUGGGAAAGGGAUCGGUAACGGGAUCGGGAAUAGGAUCGGUAAGGGGAUCGGUAACGGGAUCGGUAACCCCACACGGGACCGGGAAUAGGAUCGGGAACGGGAUCGGUAACGGGAUCGGUAACCCCACACGGGACCGGGAAUAGAAUCGGGAACGGGAACGGGAUCGGUAACGGGAUCGGGAACCCCACACGGGACUGGGAAUAGGAUCGGGAACGGGACCGGGAAUAGGAUCGGGAACGGGAUCGGUAACGGGAUCGGUAACCCCACACGGGACCGGGAAUAGGAUCGGUAACGGGAUCGGGAACCCCAUACACAGGACCGGGAAUAGGAGCGGUAACGGGAUCGGUAACAGGAUCGGUAACCCCACACGGGACCGGGAAUAGGAUCGGGAACGGGACCGGGAGUAGGAUCGGGAACGGGAUCGGGAAUAGGAUCGGUAACGGGAUCGGUAACGGGAUCGGUAACCCCACAUAGGACUGGGAACGCGACCGGGAUCGGGAACCGCACACGGGAUCGGUAACCCCACACGGGACCGGGAAUAGGAUCGGGAACCCCACACAGGACCGGGACCGGGAAUCCCACUCGGAACUGAGAACGGGACCGGGACCGGAGCGUCCUGAGCAGAAGCGGAGCCACGCGAGCGGUAACGGGACCGGGAAUCCCGCACAGGACCGGGACUGAGAACCUCCCACGGGAACGGCACCGGUAAAAGCACCGGGAGCCCCACUCGGGACUGGGACUGAGAACCCCACACGGGAACGGCACCGGUAAAAACACCGGGAACCCAACUCGGGACUGGGAAAGGGAAUAGGAUCGGGAACCCCACACGGGACCGGGAACGGGACCGGGAAUCCCACUCGGAACUGAGAAAAGGAUCGGGAACCCCACACGGGACCGGGACCGGAGCGUCCUGAGCAGAAGCGGAGCCACGCGAGCGGUAACGGGACUGGAAAUCCCGCUCGGGACCGGGACUGAGAACCUCCCACGGGAACGGCACCGCCCCUCCAUGACCGAUCCCCUCCCGGUCCCGGUGCCCAUCCUCCGCCUCCCGCGGGGUCCCGACAUCUCCGGCGGCCGCGGUUUCAGCCGCGAUUCCCGAGGGAAUUCCCAACAUUUCCCGGAGCUCCAGGCGGCCCGGGCGGCGCUCCGGGAGCGGUUCCUGCGCCUGCUGAGCUCGGCCCGGGGCCGCCCCGCUCGGUUCUGGCUCUGGAGCGGCAUUUCGGUGGACGCGGAGUUCGGGGCUGCGGACGCCGAGCCCGUGGCGUUCCAGGUGGAUUCGCUGCGGACCCCGCUGGGCGUGCAGGGAGCGGCGCUGCUGCGCUGCGGGGACGUGCUGGCCUUCUCC